CGAGGCGGCCCGGGUGAGCACGGCUGUGUGUGUGUGUGUGGCGGUGCCUGUGCCCGUGCUUGGCCCUCCGACGCGGCCAAGGGGACGGUGACAUGUCGUGUGUGUCGUGUGAUCGGCCAGCGAGCGGCGAGGCAGUGAUCGGAGGAGCGAUGCAUGAAUUGCGACGCGGCGUGUGAGGCGCGUGGCGGGCCGAGGGUCGACUUGGUCCCCUCGAGGGGCGUGCCGGAGCUGGACUGCCUGUGUGUCGUGGGUCCGUAAGACCCUCCCCGCCCCCGCCCCUGGCAACGCGGCGCACCCUCACCCCUGGGAGUGCUACGCAUGGACCGAGCAUCACGCCGGACACCUUGCAGGCAGUGACACGCCAGUCGUGUCCACAAGCCCACCACAGCAUCCUCACCCCCGCCAAGCCUUCGCUAUGAUUCCUAACCAGGCCACAAUUCUCCUCUUGGCGUCCCUCCUCCACGCCGCUCUCCCCGCCGAGGAAUACACGGAAGGGAGAUCGAGCUGGGGUGACGAAUUUUGCCGCAUGAGAUUUUGCGCCGUGAUGUCAUUCAACCAACAGGACCAGUGCUGUGACGCUUACAUGCAAUGCUGCGCCUACGUCGAGCUGUACAAGAAGAAAGCAGACCCCUUCGCCUACCUGGAGUCCCACGAGGUAGCCGAGACCCCCCCGCCGCCGCCCACGCCGCCGCCGCCGCCACCAACCAUCACCUUCUCACACAGAGACAUCUACGUCGGCCCGCCAAAGCCAAUGCGGCUUCGUGAGGACGGCAGCCUCUCCCGCCACCCCCCAAGCCUGUCCCUGACCCGCCACAGCCACGACCACCACGACACCAACAACCACCCGCACCGCCACCACCACCGCCCCCGCUUCUCCACGCCCCAGCCCCGCCCCGCCAUACAGCUGCUGGAUGGGGGCGUGGACCUCAUGAAGACGAGCUACAAUGACCAACUGGUGAAGAGUCAGGAGAGGGUCUGCAAUUACUCGUACUGCAGCCUGCUAACGCCGAGCCAACACAAACUGUGCUGCAAUAUCUACGACACGUGUUGCGCCUACUCCAACUACCGCAAAGUGUUCGACCUCUUCCACCCUGACAACGGGAACAGGCGACGCUGAGAGUCCUCCACAGGCGCCCUCACUUACACUAACCUCGUCGGACCCCCUCCCCCCUUGUGUGUGUGUGUGUGUGUGUGUGUGUGUGUGUGUGUGUGU